GUGUGAAUGUUAUUCUCUAUGUACAAGGCCUGCAGUUUCUAACACAGCUGCGGGAGCCAUGCCGAGCCUUGGAUUUGCCUCGAUACCCCUGCGGGGUGUUGUGCAGUAGGAACGGGGAGGAACGUGAUGGACCGAGUGAACGGCUGUCGUUACUUUUAAAAAUAAGCAACAAACAAAAACUGUAGUUGUCGUUCAUUGAAGAAAAACAAUUACCAGUAAAUUACCAAAACGCAAAAACCAUAUUGUUCGUCUUUACGAACAAUCUGUAUUGUAUUCCUAAUUUCCAGAUCGGAACCUCGGUUUAUUUUUUGUUUUUUUUGUAGCGAUACGUUUACAAUCACAGGGGUCUUACACUGGGAUUUAUAGAAGCAGUGUUAUUCUUAUUGUGCUGUUUGAAAUGCCCCUGGUGUCCCAAACACUACAGACACGUUCAAGAGGAAAUGGCCGACCUACCUUGAGCUAAAAAUCACAUGGAGGUUACUGAUUUCACCAGCAGGCUCACAAGUGGAUGAGUUUGGGAAGCUGUUAAAGUGAGAUUGCCAGUAAUUCUGUUGAAGAUGUCCAUGGUUCUGUUUGCCUCUGUGGUUCGGGUGAGAGACGGCCUCCCGCUUUCUGCAUCUACAGACUAUGAGCAGGACAGGGGAGUGCAGGAGAGUAAGAAAUACCUCAAAACACUGUCCAAAAAACUCAGCCAGCUUCCAGACAGAUGUACUCUGAAAACUGGACAAUACAACAUAAACUUCACAAGCUCGUUAGGAGUGGGGUACAUGAUGAUCUGCAUGGAGAGCUACCCCAGUGUUCUAGCAUUCAGUUUCCUGGAUGAGUUGCAGAGGGAGUUUAUUGUAUCCUACGACACGAAGCGCAUCAGCAGUGCAGUGCGACCAUACUCCUUCAUCGACUUUGAUAAUUUUAUACAGAAGACCAAACAGCGUUAUAACAGCCCACGGUCUUUAUCGAUUAAGAUUAAUCUUGCUGACAUGCAAACAGAAAUCAAGCUUCGACCCCCAUACCAACUUUCCACUUCAGACCUGGGGACUGUAAAUGGGUUUGCACAUCAAUCCACAUCUAAAUACAAGGGAAUAGCUCCUAACCAAAUGCUUGAGCCAGUGAUGCUGGCUGGGAUUGUCUCCUGUGUGCUCAGCCUGCUGUGUGGAAGCCUGAAUCUAAUCCGGGGCGUCCAUGCCAUUGAAAGUAUAUUGCAGAAUGAAGAUGAAGAUUGCAAUUAUGUUAUUGCUUUUUUCCUUGGAAUGGCAGCCUGCUUUUAUCAGUGUUACCUGUUUGCGUUCUGCACGAGCUGGAGGAACAUGAAAUCCUGCCUGAGUUUUGGUUUGAUCUGCCUGUGCAGCAUGUACCUGUAUGAGCUGCGAAACAUGUGGCAGCUCUUGUUUCAUGUGACAGUGGGGGCCUUCACCACGCUGCAGAUCAGGCUGAGGCAGCCCCAAGGUAAAGCCCCCGACUACAACGUCUGAAGAGGAGGCUGCUUGUAGCACCUUUCCAAAUGUGUUCACAGAAUGUGCAAACAGCUCAGGAACAGUGUGAACGGAAGGUUCUGCCAAAUGCAAUCUUUAUGCAAAGAUGGAACUUUCCUUCUGAAAUCAACGAUAACUCAAGUGACCAAAUUGAAGAGGAUGUUUAAGAGCGUACCUGAAGAACCCGCAGCCUCUCGUCAGAGUGCAGAUUUGUCAUGUGAUGAUGCCGGGGAAUGUUUUCAGUAUUUAUUAAUAUAUUCAAUAUUUCAAAAA